GUACGCCAUCUGCAUAUAACAGUAUUGAAUAACAAAUCUACGUAAUAUAAAAUAACUUUUUGCAUCUUUUUUACUACGACCACUUUCACGAUUGCUCGUUUCAUUCAUCUUUUCGUUUGAAAAAUUGAAUAGACCUACUUUCUCCGAUCAAAUUGCACGUAUCAAACAUUUGAUGGAAAUAACUAAUAAUUAGAACUCAACGUGUUAAUGUAUCCACACACACAAACACAGAACCACAAAGUCCCAAUUAUACGCACUUAUAUCACAACUGCGCCCACAAUUCGCGUGUAACGGCCUCGCAUUUUACCAUUUAUCGCGAAACAGAAUCACGCUAUUACAGUCUGCUGUUUUAUUCCGCAAAGUCUCUUUGGAGAUACCAGUUAGGUCUCAACUUAUUGUUACUCAACAAAAGAACUCAUUAACCAUCGCAUGGUGGAGCUGGAUCCUCGACCCAACAUAGAUCCAGCCAUCACCAUGUGAAGGUAAACCACAAUAGAAGUAUUAACUGAUUGCUCGGAGAUCAUCGACCAGGUACGAAUUGUCGAAAGAGAACCCCGAAUCAAAGGCGGCGAUACAUCGCCUUGGUAACCAGCCAACAAAACACUGGCCAUAAGGUAGCUGGACGCGGUGCGUCGUCGACGUCGUCGAGAAACAAGAGGAAUCUCGACAUCUACAUGGGUUCCACCUCGAUCCGGUUCGAUCCACGUCCCCGAAGACGUUGAUCUCUUCGGUCGACAUCGUUUUUCCCGUCUGACAUGAGCGUGUCGGAAGAACUCGACUCGGAGGAGCCUCGGGCAUUUAGCAGCUGACGGCGACCAGACGAUCGUUCAUCCUGGGAAAAGCGCUCGACUCUCGGGGAAAGAUGGAUGUCAGGUCCCGCUGGAUCGUCCAUUUCGGUCUCGUUCUCCUCCUCUUAUCGCAAGGCUGGGCCAUCGACUGUUUCAAGUGUGUGUCGAUCGACGGGGACAACAAACCCUGCGACGACCCAUUCCAUAACAACGGAAGUCUCGCAUUCUUGGAGUCACCCUGCUUGGGAGGUCGCAAAGGGCGCGAUGGCCUUUUCCCCGCGACUGCGUGCAUCAAAAUAGCGGGCAUAUACGAUGAAUCUGGAGUUUCACUGACGGUGAGGAGUUGCGCUCUAGAUAGCGGAACAUUGACGACCGAUUCAGAAAUAGUAAGAAUGUCUCAUUGCGGAGGAUUCUACUUCGACGACAAAUAUGUUCGAGGCUGCGUACAAUCUUGCAACGACGCUGACGCCUGCAAUGGAUCGUCACCUGAAGUAGCUUCGUUGGUGUUGUUAAGUUUAUCGAUCUUUGUCGGGCUAAUUUGACGGGAAUUCCACGCAUAAUCAACGACAAAACCAUAGACAAUUAUUGUACAUAGUAAAGAAAACGAACAACGGACCACUUCGAAUUUAAAACAGUAACGCGACCAAUUAGCUGUGGACCAAAGAUGAAGGGAUGAAAAUAUCUUAAAGAUCGUGCAAUUUAUCGUAUUUAUCUAAUAUAUUAAAUAAAAUUUAGAAUACUCGAACGAAUAUUAUAUAGAUAUACAUUUCUCAUAUCAAAUAUGCAGAUAUACGAAGAAACUCACUAUUUGAUACUAUUUGAUAGUCUGCAAAUAGAGGAAGCAGAAACUGCCAUUAUAAUUAUGCAUACGUUAUGAACGUAACUAUUAUCUUUUAUCAUGUAUUACUGAUUAUAGCAAUGCUUGACGAUAGUGAGACAUGUAUUUGCGAGAUUAACGCUGAUUAUAUAAAAUACUCA